AUGAUUAGGAAAAUAUCAGCAGUAUAUAUUAACAACUCAAAAGAUAUUUUAUUAUCAUCAUUUAAUGGAAGUUUUAUUAAUAACAAUAUAAAUUCCGAUUCUCUUAUAAAUACUAUUCUAUUUAUAAUACUCAUAUGUGUGAGUAUUCCAAGCAUAUUUAUUAAUCUAUUUGCUUUAUAUCGAUUAAAUUCAAAUAAAAAAACAAGUGCUUUUAAUUUUCGUACAAUUUUACAUGUAAGUUUAUUUACAACAUGUACAUGUGUACCAUUAUUUUUAAUUGAAUUACAUUUUAAUUCAUAUUUUCCAUUAUCACCAUUCAUAUGUAAAAUAUGGCUAAUAAUUGAUUAUGCAUCAAUUGUUUGCCUUGGGCUUGUCGUAUGUUGGACAUCAAUACAACGUCAUAUACUUAUAUUUGGUCCUAUACAAAUUAAAAAACGUCAAUCGACAUUAAAAUUUAAAUUAAUACCAAGUAUUCUUGCAUUAGGACUUCCUAUAACAUGGUAUUCUCUAUUAGCAUCAACAUGUACAUAUGAUAAAACAUUAGAUACAACAUUUGAAUGUCGUCCAUGUUUUGAAGAUGAAAAAUUUAUUUUUCUACUUGAUACUAUUUUUAGUUUAAUAUUACCAUUAUCAAUAACUAUAACAGCAACAUGUUUUCUAGUUGUACGUCUUGUACGUUUACGUCUUACUGUACUUCAUUUACCAUCGAAACGAUGGCGUCGUUGUAAACGUUUAACAUGUCAAGUGAUAUUAUUUUCAUCAAUCUAUUUAAUUGGUCUUGUACCUUAUGUAUUAACAAAUUUAAAUUCUUUAUACAAUUUUUGGCCAUUAUUAAAUCGAACUUGGUGUGUAAAAAUAGCAAAUGCAUUUACAUAUGUUCCUUGUUGUUUUUCAUCAUUUUUGAGUAUCUAUGCAUUUCCAGAAAUCUGGAUAAAUCAAAAAACUAAUCGUCAUCAUAAAAUAAAUCAAAAAUGUAAUACAGCGGCGAUUAGUACAAAUAAUAUUACAUCACCAGUGAUAUCUAGUGAGAUUUAA